AUGACUUCCUUACGAGCUCCAAACCCGAGGCUACAUAUGAGACUCAAGGAUCAGACUAUUCCACUGAUGGGAAUGGGUUCUGUAGCCUCGCCAUUUACAAACUUUCAGAAAUUCGUGGAUCCGUCGGGAUCACUGAACUUUGCUGGGAAGGCUGUAUUGAGUGCUCAGGGCGUCAACUUUUCAUCGGGUGUCUCGUACAAGAUCAACAUGAACGAAUUGGUACUGCUAGAAGAACUAGGCAAAGGUCAAUAUGGAGUAGUGCAAAAGGUGCACCAUCUACCAACCAAUGUCACUAUGGCAAUGAAGGAAAUACGACUAGAACUAGACCAAACUAAACUUAAUCAAAUCCUCAUGGAGCUGGAUAUAUUACAUCGUGCUCAUUCACCUUAUAUUGUCGAGUUCUAUGGUGCCUUCUUCAUCGAGUCAUGUGUCUAUUACUGCAUGGAAUACAUGGAUGGUGGAUCGAUGGACAAGUUAUAUUUUGAUGGGGUGCCUGAGCCUGUCCUGGCAAAGAUCGCUUUGGGCAUGGCAGAAGGACUCAAGUUUUUGAAAGAAGAAAUGGCAAUCAUACAUCGUGAUGUCAAACCUACCAACGUGCUGGUCAACACGAAGGGGGAAGUAAAACUGUGCGAUUUUGGAGUUUCUGGUCAGCUGCAACAGUCAUUAGCCAAGACUAAUAUUGGUUGCCAACCAUAUAUGGCUCCUGAGAGGAUAAACACCAUGGAAGCCGGCACGUACACUGUCGCUGCAGAUAUCUGGUCAUUAGGUCUAUCACUGGUCGAGAUGGCAAUUGGACAUUACCCAUACCCCGCAGCUCAGUUCGAUUCGGUAUUCGCCCAACUCAACGCCAUCAUCAGCAGUGAGCCACCAAACUUGCCUCCUGAUCAGUUUAGUGAACCUUGUCGUGACUUUAUAUCCAGAUGUUUGAGCAAAGACCCAUUGAACCGACCAACAUACGCAACAAUUCUCGAUCACCCUUGGCUGAGGCUUUAUGAGAAUGUCGAGGUGGAUAUGAGGGGUUGGGCCCUGAGUCAAUUGGCAAGACGAGCCGCAGCUCAGAUACCAAACGGAAACACGAAUGGAAACGGCAAUGGUGUAGCUCUUCCGCCGCCAUAA